CGUGCAGUAUUGCUCUCGGCUGCGAACAGGAUGCUGUCAGGCCGAAAAGACGCACCGACCAAGCGAUGGCAACUGUAGCUGCAUCCUUUGUUUACCUGGCCUAAACAAAAAGCUGUAGUUCCCUCCGACAACCAGCAGUACCUGGAGGAGAAGAGGGAGGCAUCACGUUGUAACAGCCAAAGUUUGGAAAACUGAAGUGGCAAUCGCAUUCCUUCAGUCCAUGCUAUGAAAAACUACAGAUGUAACUCCGAUAGUGAGGAGAGCUGAAGCCAGGGUGUAAACUGACAAUUUUCCUUUCCUCCACAUCCUCUGGUGGUCUCUUUUCCACGUUGUGUCUUCAUGUUUUGGGGGUCCUUCAGUGCCCCCGCCCUCUGUCAAUCCCCCUGCUCCUGCUGCCACCACGGCCGGCCACCCCAGACACUCAGUUGCCAUGCCAACAGAGACAUUGUCUCCAGCUCUGCCAGAUAGCAAGGCCACUGGCACUGCAACACCUUUCAGUUCUACUGUACCCCUUCGAAUCCUUAACAAGGGCCCAGACUACUUCAGGAGACAGGUUGAACCCAACCCGAAACGUCUCAGCGCUGUUGAGAGACUUGAAGCUGACAAAGCAAAGUAUGUUAAGAGCCAAGAAGUUAUCAACGCUAAACAGGAACCAAUCAAACCACCCAUUUUGGCCAAGCCUCCUAUUGUUCAUUCUAAGAGAACUGGAGUGAGUGGUGGAGUACACGGAGGCGGAGUACCUUUCAAACCUUCAAAUAACAACGCUAAGUCAGACACAUGUGCAACAAGCAGCAAACGGGAAAAUCUAAAUUUGGAGAUCUUAAAAAAUCUUCUUAACUCGUCGUCUUCUUCGGGUGCGGGCUCUGACGGGCUCGGGGGUGGAGCUAAGAGUGCUGUGUUGAUGAGGUCUUCUGGGGGACUGACAAGGAGUUGGAAACCUUCCAGGAUGCCGUUAACCUACCGAUCCACAAUGGCUCUGAAUGAACAAUCACGAGACUCUGCUCCCAGUCCAAGUACCUCACAUUCCCUGCGCUCAUUUUCCCAUUCCUUGAAGGUUCCUCCAGGCAGUAGCGGUGGACGGUGCAGUCCACAGCUGGUAGGGAACCUCAAUCUCAGCAGAGUAUUAGAUGAAAGAGGACGUGAAGGAGGGCUUACGGAACGAUCGCGGUCUCCACUUCCGCCACUGCUGACUUCCCAUUCCUCCUCCGACCUUCUGCGCCUGUGCAACGGCAAGCCGCUCCGCGCUGCUCGAUCCAGCAGCUCCUCAGCUCCGCCACUCCCCCCGAAACCCAACCCUGCUUCCCUCCCACCUCCUACCCUCUCAUUAUUACUGCCUCCCCCUCGUACAAACGUAUCCCCGUCACCUUGCAACAACACAACCCUUCAGUCGCUGCCAUGUGAUGUCGGAGAAGCUGCCAAUCCCUCAAAAGAUCCCAACCUGGAGUUGGAGCUGGGUUCCUCUGUAGCACGUCGUCCCUCUCUACAUAGAUCAAAAUCAGACCUGUCGGACAGGUAUGCCCGAGCUGGAGCUGACGUGGAACGUUUUUUUAACUAUUGUGGCCUCGACCCCGAGGAACUGGAGGCAGUUGGUCCAGAGAACUUUGCACGAGCCAAUUCGGACAUUGUGAGCUUGAACUUCAGAUCGGCUUCCAUGAUUUCCUCUGACUGCGACCAGUCACGGCGGUCUUCAAAUGACGGAUUGUCGGAUGGGGACGAAGGAGAAGAUGAGGAUGAGGAGGCCGGAGAGCGAGUUCCUUAUGGCAUCUCUGCUGUGGAACGUAACGCAAGAGUCAUUAAAUGGCUGUACAGCAUCAAACAAGCGAGAGAGACUCAAAAGGUCUCGCAUGUCUAGGUAGUGUUCUACAAUCUCGUCUGUGAUGUGAUUUUUCUCAUUGCUCCAAGACGGCUUUUGAGAACGACAUGGACAGAAAGAAAACAAAAAAUGACAUCAGCAAAAGAAUAGAACUUACACACGUACAAACCUUUAUGAACAUUAAAUAGUUCCUUUGGGAGUAAUUUGGGACGCUGUACACUGACAAAUGUUCAAAUGUUGGAUUCAGCAACACGAACAAUGUGACUGCCUCAUGACAAAGAGCUACUGACCUAUCAUAGCGGACAAUCCAUCAAUUCACAUCUAGUUACAUGAAAUGAAAUUCACAUCUCAUGUGAGCGCAGCUUGCUCUGGGUCCUCUGAAUCAUAACCCGCUUUGCCCGUUCAGCUGUUAAAAUAGGUCAAGUGAUGUGCAUGAAAGAGACACAGUGGACCAAUCAAACCUUGAGGAAAAUAAGGAUGGAACUGUCAUGGCUACUUCAGAUUUUACAUUCACACAAAGUGCCAUGUUUCCUCAAAUAGUCACCAGGACUCUUAAUAGAUGCCUGAAGGCGUCUCCACAAAGACAUUUUUUUUCUCUCUCUGAAAAAAUAAAAAAAUAAAAAAUCAGGUCGUGGCAGUACAUUUAUACUAAUUUCUAUGAAGUUGGCCUCGUGAAUUGAAAUUGAUCAUGUGGGCCUGAAGAAUACAUGGCUGCUACAUUUGGCUGUUGCGUAUAUAAACAUCCGUGGCCACUGUUUGAAGAAAUGCGGCACUUGAUGAAAUAAAUGUUACAGCUCCACAUUGUUUAUGCUAUAUUUGUGAACAAGAGCCCUCAAGCAGAAGCAGAGCCAUCUAUAACAUCAUCCUUGGUUAUUUUGUUCGGACAGAUCAAAAUUCUUAUCGGAAAUGUUUUUGUUGCAUUGUCAAUGUAUCAAGUAAAUGAAAAGAAAUAGUGACCUCUUAAAGUCGGUUACGCAGGUGCACCAUGUGAUCACAUUUAGGUCAUUCAUAUUUCUUUUGUUUUUAAAUGAAGAAGAAACAACAGAAAAGUUCAUUUGUCUUAAUGCAGUGGUUCUUAACCAUGUUGAAGGUACCGAACCCCAUCAGUUUCAUAUGCGCAUUCACCGAACCCCUCUUUAGUGGAAAAAAAAUAAUCGAAUUCAAGACAGAUGUUUUUCACUGGUGCACAAAAUGAGCCGUGCAUGAACGUUGUUCAAAGAAUAAAACCAACACAAUGCAUGAACUCACAACAAAUGACAUACCAGCAAAUCAGUGUGACUUCUGCUGUUGCCUUUGCAAGACCAGUUCAGAUAUGCGUUAUCGCGAAUUUACACGACAUU